GACGUCGGUCUUCCUAAACUAACCACCUUGUACAUAUCCUAUUAUUCCCUGGCGUUAUCCAUUUCCACACGCACAAAGAACUCCUUCUCUCGCUCAAGAAUAGCCUCUUUCCACUCUCACUUCGUUAUCGACGAACGAUCUUAAAAGAAUCGGUUUUCCUCUCUCUGUCUCUCUAGAUCUUCACCAAUGGCAAAGGAACCCGCUCGCGUUCUCGUUACUGGAGCUGCAGAUAAAAUUGGAUAUGCUCUUGUCCCCAUGAUUGCUAGGGGAGUGAUGCUUGGUCCUGACCAGCCUGUGAUCCUCCACAUGCUAGAUAUCCCACCUGCAGCCGAGGCAUUGAAUGGUGUGAAGAUGGAGUUGGUAGAUGCUGCAUUUCCUCUUCUUAAAGGUGUUGUUGCUACAACUGAUGUUGUGGAGGCCUGCACCGGGGUUAACAUUGCAGUAAUGGUUGGUGGCUUCCCAAGGAAGGAAGGAAUGGAGAGAAAAGAUGUGAUGUCUAAAAAUGUGUCAAUUUACAAGUCACAGGCUUCUGCUCUUGAGAAGCAUGCAGCUGCAAACUGCAAGGUUUUGGUUGUUGCUAACCCAGCAAACACCAAUGCAUUGAUUUUAAAGGAAUUUGCACCAUCUAUUCCUGAGAAAAACAUUACUUGUUUGACAAGACUGGACCAUAACAGGGCACUUGGUCAAAUUUCAGAGAGGUUGAAUGUCCAAGUCUCCGAUGUUAAAAAUGUGAUUAUUUGGGGGAAUCACUCAUCUACUCAGUACCCUGAUGUCAACCAUGCUACUGUUAAGACUCCAGCUGGGGAGAAACCCGUGCGGGAGCUUGUUAAGGAUGAUGCAUGGUUGAAUGCAGAGUUCAUCACUACUGUUCAACAACGUGGUGCUGCAAUCAUUAAAGCACGAAAGCUUUCAAGUGCAUUAUCUGCUGCUAGCUCUGCUUGUGACCACAUUCAUGAUUGGGUUCUUGGAACUCCUGAGGGCACCUGGGUUUCCAUGGGGGUGUACUCUGAUGGCUCGUACAAUGUACCAGCUGGUCUAAUUUAUUCCUUCCCUGUUACUUGUCAGAAUGGAGAGUGGAAAAUUGUUCAAGGUCUUAGCAUUGAUGAAUUCUCAAGGAAAAAGUUGGAUUUGACAGCAGAUGAGCUUUCUGAGGAGAAGGCUCUUGCUUACUCGUGUCUCACUUAGAUGCUCGUUUCCUGUCAUAGGCAUGUAGUAAGUGGGCCUCUCACCUUCCAAACCAGCGGGCAGCGUUAAGUUUUUUAAUAAAGCUACUGUUGUUCCUAGAUGAGAGCUGCCUCUUUGGAUCUUACCUUGUUAAAGACUAUCAUAAGAUAUGAGGAUGUUUGAAUUUUUGUGGUGUUUCAUCGAUUGAAAUUUCAAUAGUUGCAUA